GGGGCCAUCCCUGACAUGCUGACAGCCUGACUUCAACUGAAUCACCAGUCUCAUCUCCCAUGUCACUCCGACUAACGGUACCGAGUUAGUACGAGUAAGGCAUCUUGAGGUGUAUCUGUAACGGUACCUGAUCGCCUCGUGUUUCGCAUCCGCGGUCCUUGUGAUUUAGCCUCUUUGAAUUGUGUCAGCUGCCGGUUGGCUACAAUGUGCUACAGAGCACACGAUUCUCGCAUCUCAUUGUUACCGUCUUUCCCACUGUCUUCUGUUUAACGUCGCUACUCUAUCGGAACACAAGGCGGGAUAACUAGUAUCUGAGUACAGCAAUGCAAACAGCUACAUCCGUCUAUACAGUUACGGCCGGAGUCAAAACUACACUGUUCGGAGAGGAUUACGCGCCGAUGAAGGACUCCUUGUCAGUGUCAGGCACAACUUGUCCGCAUUGCGGCAACGACUUGGUCUCGCAGGACGCGAUAGCUGCACAGCAACGGAUACAGGAGCUGGAAGCUCAGCUUAAAAUAUACUCUGAGAAGGCGUCGGAGACAGCGGUGAGAAUAGCGGACUACGAGAACGAAAUACACAACUUGCGACAACAAGCACAGACAUGGAAUAAUAACAAUAAUCAUUACAACGAGGCUACUUCUACGACAGCAGCAGCAACUGAGCAAACUCACCCUCCCAAAACCCCCGAUGCGAACUCCCAGCAACAGCAACAACAAGGGCGCUUCGCGAAUUUCGCAUCUUAUUUCCCCUACCGUCGCACAGGAUCACGAGCCGGUUCAAAAGAUUCUAGUACACCGCCGCAAACAUCUCAUUCAAAUUACACCAACAGCAGUCCAGGUGGGGGAGGACAUACCAGUCCCACAAAUAACACUAGUUUUCUCUCACAUGACUCCUCAUCAGACACGAAUGCACUCGCACUCCAAACUGCGCUAAGCCGUGAACAAGGACUCCGAAAGGCCGCUGAAACACAACUUUCGCAGGCGCACUCGGAACUCGAAGAACUCACUGCGCAACUAUUCAGUCAGGCUAAUGAGAUGGUUGCACAGGAACGUAAGGCGCGCGCGAAGCUAGAGGAGAGAGUUGCAUUACUUGAGAAACGGGAUGGAGAGAAGAGGAAGAGACUUGAUCGGUUGGAGAAGGCGAUUGUGAGAGUUGAGAGGGUUAGGGAGUUGAUUAAUUCUUGAUCGUUGCGUUGCGUUGCGUUCGUCAUUUGGGUAAAGAGAUAUGAUAUCCUACGAGUCACGAUUUAUUCAAGCAUCUUAGGAGUUUUGUAUGUUAUCGGAAUGUUGUUCCCUCUAUAUAUGAAGUGUUCCGUCUGGAUACUUUAAUAACCUUGGAAAUC